GGCGCCAUGAACAUCUUCCGCAUCCUGGGGGAUGUCUCCCACUUGCUGGCCAUCAUCAUCCUCCUGCUGAAGAUCCAGAAGUCCAAGUCCUGCGCCGGUAUCUCUGGGAAGAGUCAGAUUCUUUUUGCCCUCGUCUUCACAACCCGCUAUCUGGACCUGUUCACCACCUUCAUCUCUGUCUAUAACACCGUGAUGAAGGUCAUUUUUUUGAUAUGUGCCUACAUCACCGUGUACAUGAUCUACGUGAAAUUCCGGAAAACAUUCGACAGUGAGAAUGACUCCUUUCGCCUUGAGUUCCUGCUGGUCCCUGUCACAGGCCUAUCAUUUCUGGAGAACCACAGCUUCACCCCCUUGGAGAUACUCUGGACCUUCUCCAUCUACCUGGAGUCCGUGGCUAUCCUUCCUCAGCUCUUCAUGAUCAGCAAGACGGGGGAAGCAGAAACCAUCACGACACACUACCUUUUCUUCCUGGGCCUCUACCGCGCUCUCUACAUUGCCAACUGGGUCUGGCGCUACUACACGGAGAAUUUCUAUGACCAGAUCGCUGUAGUUUCCGGGGUCGUACAAACCAUCUUCUACUGUGACUUCUUCUAUCUCUACAUUACCAAAGUCCUAAAAGGAAAGAAGCUGAGUCUUCCCAUGCCUGUUUGAAGACAUUUCCACAGACAAUGCAAGAAAUUCCGAAGACGAAGCUCUUAAGAUCACAGCUUUCCUUUCCUGGUCCUUUUUGACUAACGAUGGCUCAGCCGAGUUUCACUCCAGUGCCAGCAAGACAAUGAGGCCUGGAAAGCUGAUACCCUUUUCAUCCAUGAGACUUUCCCAAAAUUUAUUUUUUUUUUUAAUUUCUUCUUACUUGAACUUGGUGCUAGUAAGUAGUGCUGGCCAAUACUGAAGUAGUGCAAAUUACUCUCUCCCGGCUCUUCCCAGCAUCUACCUCCAAAACACGCCUCUACCUUGACCCUGAGGCAGCACAAGGAGUGUAAGGGGAAUCGUCACUACCUUUAGUCCUUCAGCCCUUUAACGAGUGCCUAUGGUAAAGGGAACGUGGUACUAUUAAGUCUGAUAACAUAUACAACGCCACUGACCCGUUUCACACGUGACCACAUCUGACACAGCAGAUGCUACAAACUGUUACUUCAACUCUGUAUGAACUAACAUCCUCCUGAACGUUAACUCUGCCCGACACCCAUUCCAGUCAAGUCCCAUAACGUUCAGGAAAAAUACAUUCCCUUUGAAAGAAAUGAAUCUUCCAAUUCCACAGGUAUUCAAACAUCCUCCCCACUCACUCACUUUCAGCGACAGUUCCUUGUAUUCUACAAACGGGGAUUGUUUUGAUUAAAAUUCAGUAGGUUGCCAACAGGUGUUUCCAACUCCUUGAAUUUGACUUUUUUUAAGAACUGGGAAGAACAGGGGCAAAGACAGUUUUACACUCCAAAAAUAAAGACAAAGUUCACAACUUAUUGACAACAGUGUUUUUAUUUAUACCUACAAAAGAAAACAAGAUGGUAUCAAAAGGACAAUUUACAAACUAAGAAUAGUAACAUAGCUCUUAGUAUCCUGUGUCUGAACACCACAGAUCUAUGAAUCUCUCAAUUCAAGUCUUCAUUAAUACAACAGGAAUGUGUUCAGAGACCAGCAGGUGUGUGAAACAAGAGGCUGAUCCCACACAAAGCCACUAACCCUUCCAUUGUUCAGAGAAGUCCAAACAGUAAAUUGCUUCAGGAAGUGGGAGGGGAGGAGACACCCAACUCAUUUGACACUCCCACAAACUUUUACAGAUUGAAAACAAGGCAAACAAUACUAGACGCUAAUGCUUUAUCAACAAGGGCCCUCCAGCUGGUAUAUGGAACAGAGCAGUGAGCACCAGGUGGGACAGGGGCAGCACAUGCCACGGUGCAUUUAUGCAUUCA